AUGGAGGAAAACAUUCAAAACAAGUCUUUCACACUCAAUACCGGGGCCAAAAUCCCUGCCAUUGGAUUUGGAACCUGGAAGGCAGGGCCAGGAGAUGCGGCGAGUGCUGUGAAAGCAGCGUUUGAGGCUGGAUAUAGACAUUUUGACUGCGCACCUCUGUAUGGAAAUGAGAACGAAAUAGGGCAAGUGUUUAAAGCCACUCAAAUCCCGCGAAAUGAAUAUUUCGUAACUACGAAGCUCUGGUCUUCUGAUCAUCGCCGCAUUGAAUCAGCCCUUCAGAAAUCAUUGGAUGAUCUUUGUCUGGAAUAUGUUGACCUUUAUCUCAUGCAUUGGCCCAUCACACUGCCAACCUCAACCCCAGAGGUCUAUGGGAAGGAAGAUCGAACUGUUCAUGACCCCAAAUGGGACUUUGUGGAUACCUGGCGCGAGAUGGAAAAACUUCUUGAAACAGGAAAAGUUCGGGCAAUUGGAGUAGCCAAUUUCUCGACCGUUAACCUAAGCCGGCUUCUCAAGAACUGUAAGGUGAUCCCUGCUGUCAACCAAACUGAAAUCCAGCCUUUGCUACCCCAAAAGAGCCUCAAUGCCCUUUGCGUCCAGCACAGGGUUCACCAAACAGCAUUUGGCCCGUUGGGUGGUAGCGGCAGUACACUACAUGAGAAUUCGGUCGUGAAUGCGAUUGCGCAGAAAAGAGAAUGUAGCUCGGGAAAUGUUUUACUGAGCUGGGGUGUGAAGAAAGGUUGGAGCGUUAUUCCAAAAAGCAUCAAUCCGGCUCGAAUUACCACAAAUCUCCAUCAAAGCUUCGUAAUGGAUGAUCUAGAAACAGCGCAAAUUGAUGAGCUGGCUGACAUCUUGGGAGGGAAGCGAUUCAACCGUCCAAACUGGGGGACAGUGAUUUUCCAUGAUGAUGAUCCGAAUGUACAAUAA